AUGGAAAGCGAUAACGAGCUAGAUAAUCUAAUUUCGGGUUAUGUAUCCGAAUUGAAGGCGAAGAAAGGUUUUAGCGAGCGAAAUAAAGAGACGCCACAAUCGUCCGAUGAACAGGAGUUUCCUGAUUGGGAAAGUGAUGGAGAGCAGCUGGGUCCUAUUGAAAUAAUGGAUCCUGCUAUGAUAAAACGAGAGUCUUCCGAAGAUGACUAUGGCAAUCCAGCAUCUGCAACCGACAGCGAAGCAGAACAAUUUUCAGAUGGUUCUAGUGAUGACGAAACGAAAGCUUUUUCGGAACACGAUCUGGAUGGCACAUUCAAUAACAGUGCCAAACGAAAACGAAAGACCUCGAAAAGCAGCUUGGAAAUCGAGAUAAAGCAGGAAAUAAAGGAUGAAGAGGAUGAGCCAGAAAGUGUCGUGAAAACCACAAAAAAGAAUUUACAAGAUGUAAAAAUGAAAGAUAAAAAAAAGAAGCGUCUGAAGAAAAAACCUUCAAAAGAGUUGAAAGUAGACCGCCCACGAACCAAAAUGGAAAAGGAGCUCAUGUCGCUUGUAUUUAGCGGAACUGCUGAUCUCGUUUCAACAAUGACGAAGCAGGAAAAUAAGAUUGCCAGGCAGAAGAAGCGAAAGCGGCCAGAUCCAAUCGUCGACGAAUCGGUUGCACCGAUGGCUUCUGCUCCAUCGAAAUCGCAACGGUCUGUCGCGUGGCAAGAUUCUGAUGACGAUGAUGAUGAGGAUGCCCAAAACACAAAGAAAAACAAGUUCGCCCGCCAAGAAAUUAAAGGACAGCUAACAAAUGAAAAGCGUCGAAGACAGUUCGAACAGAUUGUCGGUAAUCCGAAGUGGGCAGACUUGGAUCAAGUACAGGAACCCAACUCGGACGACGAAUUGCUCCAGAAUGUCGGUUAUGUUGUUAAGAAAGAUGAUUCGCUGUUUCUACCGAAGGGCGUGAUCCAGCUGAAGAUGCUUAAAAAUUUAAACCGCGAGACAAAAGGCGAAGGGGAAAUAACGGCCAUUAACUUUCAUCCCACGUCGAUGGUGGCAAUCAUGGCUGGCAAGAAGGGGUUGGUAUCUAUUGUCGCGGUCGAUGGCGUGCGUAACGAGAAGCUACACACGAUCUGGCUACCAAAAGUACGAAUUGCGUGCAGUACGUUGUCUCCCGAUGGUAACGAGGCCAUCUUUGGGAGCUAUAGAAAGUUUUAUCACGUUUACAAUCUUAUCAGCGGUCAGGGCCACACUCUGAAGAUUCCCGAAAAAGACACCUGGUUAAUGACAAACUUUUGUGUGUCUGCUUGCGGAAAGUAUCUUGCGUCGGCUGGCGAAUCAGGCGAGGUGCAUCUAAUGAGUGCGAAGUCGAAGGAGGUGUUGCGCACAAUUCAGCAGCGCUACACCUGCCAAGCACUUGCUUUCACGCCCGAUUCGCGUUAUUUGUUUAGCCACAGCAAUGACACCGAGGUAACUGUGUACAGCAUCGAAUCGAAGCGGAUUGUGAAUGUAUUCCAUGACGAAGGAUGCGUGAACGGAUCUUGCAUCGCGAUCUCUCCUAACGGCGAGCUGGUUGCGACUGGUAGCCGACAAGGUGUCGUGAACAUCUAUCCGCUAGAUGUGUUGCUAAUUCAAAAGCAACCGAUACCCCAGAAGACUAUCACUAAUCUGACAACCUAUAUUGAUUCUCUCACGUUUAAUCCAACAUCGGAGCUGUUGGGCAUCGCUUCGUCGACCGUGAAGAAUGCGGUAAAGCUGAUCCACAUCAAGAGCGGAACUGUGUUUCGAAAUUUUCCACUGCCGAAUUCCCAGCUUGGUAGCGUAACGAAGAUUUCCUUUUCUCCCUCCGGAGGUUACCUGGCUCUCGGGAAUAAGGAGAGCACUGUAUCGUUGUUUAGAGUUAAGCAUUACCCUAAUUAUUAA